UUCACUCAUCAUGUGUCCAUGGCUCUCAAGGUCAAAACUGCUGAAACCAAGGUUGUUCUGGUGAACCUGUUGAUAUGCAUAAUAGUUUUCUACACUGUGUACUACGUGGUCCUCUCUGUGUGCUUUGCAGUAUUCAGGAUUAAAAUGUUGGAUGGUUUGGCACCUUUUGAUUUUAAAACAAAUCCCUCAUGGAUUAACCCAUAUUAUUUAGUUCUUGUGAUAUCCCUGGAAAUAACUUUCUUCCUUUGUGGUCUGCUAUUUGCUCUGGUUGUGGAAGAAUGGGUUUGGGACUAUGCUGUAACAGUUACUAUUAUUCAUAUCAUCAUAACUUCAGUCGUUAUGUCUGAAUUUCCCCUGAUGUUACACUGGUGGCUGGCAUUAGGGUCUGGAGUAAUUUCAAUGAUUUGUGGAGGACAGAUUUUGGCAUAUUACUUGUUCAAAGACAACUUCAUUUACCCAAUUCUAGAUGACUUUUGA